AUGAGUGAUUACGCGCCCCCGUCUGGGCCGCCGCCGCCCAAGGCUCCAGAGGUACCCGCCGGUUGGGUGGCACGCUGGAACGACCAGUACAAGGAGUGGUUCUAUGUCAAUGUGUACACCAAGAAAUCGCAAUGGGACAAACCCACCGCGCCCGUCUUCCCCGUCGACGAGAAUGCCCCCGAUGACCCCCCACCGGGGUACGAGCCUGGCAAUGGGCCCGCGCCGACAGACACCAAGAAGAACCCUUACGAAGACCGGUCGGGCCAGAACAAGCACGCCGGCUCGUCCUCAGCCCAGGACGAAGACGCGAAGCUGGCAGCGAAGCUUCAGGCCGAGGAGGAUGCAAAGGCCCGUGGGGGCCCGACACCACCUGCCGGAUAUGCCACCGGCGGCGCGGCCGAUUCAUAUGCCCAGGGCCAAACCGGACAGUCACAAGGCUCGUUUCCCACCGAGCUGCCUCCCAGGGACGAUGCUAGGGGCAAAGAUCGCGGCUUCUUAGGAAAGCUGUUUGGCAAAGGGAAAACCCCACAGAGCGGGCAGGCCAACUACGGCGGUGGAUAUUAUCCCCAGCAGCAGCAGAAUUACUAUCAGAGCCCGCCGCCUCAGCAGUAUGGCGGAUAUGCACAGCAGGGCCCUCCCAUGGGAGGAUAUGGCGGAGGCUACGGCCAGCCCCCGUACGGAGGUUAUCCUCCCCAGGGCGGCUACGGUGGCGGAUACCCGCAAGGUGGUUAUCAGCAGCAGCCGGGAAGGAGACCCGGUGGUGGUAUGGGCGGUAUGGGAAUGGGCCUUGCGGGCGGUGCUUUGGGUUUGGGCGCUGGUGUUUUGGGCGGCGCGUUGAUUGCCGACGCUAUUCACGACCAUGACCAGUCCGAGUAUAAUCAGGGAUACCAGGACGGCAUGGAUAAUGACUACGGCGGCGGCGGUGAUUUCGACGGCGGCGACUUUUAA